UUCGUUCGCCACCCUCCCCCCCACAGCACCACUAAAGCAGCGACGGCUUCACCAGCGGCGUGCAUGCAGAAGAAUUUGACCUGAGACUGCCGUCGAUUCAUCAGAAGAUGCCUUCCCGCCUUCGCCCAUCUGCCUCAGCUUCAGGGCCGUCUCCCGCCUUCCAGCUGACCUCUGCUCAAUACGUCGAGCGCUCCCUGGCUCUAGCUGGUGCGGCAGCAACGGUGGCGAGCGAAGGCCUGGCCCGUCAGUAUGGCUUGCAGACGGUCCUGCACAAGGACAGCCGGGACAAGGUGGACGCCAGCACUGCCCUGAGAUUUCUCGAGGCGUAUGCGACGCGGGCGAGCAGCCAGCCGGCCGAGCAGAGGAGCCUGGAGCAGCUGUGCCGUCGGCUGCUGCACUCGACGCAAGUGGGUGUGUAUGGCGCCACGUGGGAGAGCGACAUGCGGGGGGUGCAGGAGGUCUUCGAGACGGUCAAUGCCUUCCUCACGGUGCUCUUCCGCACCAACACGAGACCCACAUCCUUUUUGCUCGAGAACCUCGCUCAGCUGUACGCCCAGUGGCGGCUGCACAUUCUGCACGAGCUGACGCCCGCCUCAUACACCCUCGAGUGGUGGGCCUCUGGCGGCAUCAAACACACCGUCAUGCGGCCGUUCGAGUGGUCCGAUCGGGACUACCUCAUGGCCGCCAUCACGCUGGCGGCCCAGGCAUGGUGGCCAGUGAUAGAGAGGGUCGUGGGGGUCACCAUGGCUGCGGUGCGGGAGAGAGAGCGGCGAAGGAGGCGGGCGGGGGGUGAGGGUGCGAGGGAGAGGGAGAGGGAGAGGGGGCCCUUUGGCUGGGCACUCGAGUGUGUCGAGUGCGUGGCCGACUGCCUGAGGGGCUGCCGUGUGCUGAGUGCCGACCCGCUCGUCCGAUCGGACGCACAGGCGCUGCUCGAGCUGCAAGAGGUGGGUGGAGACGACAGACAGGACAACGAACGACAACAUGAUCCAUGAUACCUACUUACACGUGUGUGUGAUCUUUGCUGUGUCCAGCGCGUGUCGGUCUGGGAUGUGUGGGAGCCCUUCGCCCUCUCAGCAGUGGUGUAUGAGGCCUUCAGGCGGUCGGAGCAGAUCAUUCGAGGCACAGCCGCACCACCACCCACCACACACGCUGCCCAGCCGCCGAGGGCAUCUCCUUCACCCCACGUGCCGCGACUGCAUGGCGGUGUCGGGGAGGGGGAGGUGGUUGAGGAUGACGGAGAGGGGCCGAGUGUGGCGUGCUACCGCGAGAGGUGCCUUGGCGGACUCAUGGACCUGAAGGAACGUACGGAGGCACAAGAGGAGAGCCGUGUGUGGAAGUAUGCAUGUAUGCGUGUAUCGGUCGGUUCCCUGUGUGUCUGUCGGUUGCUUAGGUUACCUGACGCAUUUCGAGAAGGUCCGUCAAGAGAGGGAGUCAGCACUAGCGUCAGCCACCCUCCUGCGGCCUGCACGUCGGUCCGCCCCCUCAUCACGACCCCCCUCGCCCAUGCGCAUGCCGCCCUGGCGCCCCGCCAUGUCCCCGGGCACACCGUCAGUCACGCAGCUGAGGCGCAUCACACCUCCUCCAUCCAGAUCUGUCAGCCCAUUCGGCGCACCCAGUGAGCGCUUAUACACAAGGGCGAGUCUCAGCCUUAAUGAAAUGUGUGUUGUGUUUCCCUGCGUGAGUUUAGGGCGUUGGCUGUCGGGUCCGUCGCCUCGUCUGGACGAGGGCCCGAUCGCCCGGUCCUCAUUCCCAGUGCCGCUGCGGGCCAUCAACAACGGCAGCGCACAGACGGCCGUCUCGUCUGCCUGGGCCACACCCCCCUGGACACAGCGGCUCACCCAACAAGUGUCGACGUCUCCAUCCCCACUGCGGCCACGCACCCCACCUCGCGUGCAGUCUUUGCGGUCCAGCAGCACGGUGCGGGCCAUGGGAGGCGGGCAGCGGAGGGGAGGGGCCCCACAGCCACCGCCGCGUGACCUGGCUGCCGAGCGAGAGACGAGAAUGGACCUCCCGCAGGAAGAGGAUCGUCGGGAGCAGGAGCGAGAGGAGCUGCCGACGUUCGGCGCAAACGGUGCCGCGAUGUUCGUGGGUCAGAGGCAUGAUCACGAGACGCGAGAGAGGGGGGAGGCUGCCGGAGCUGGUGUUGGAGGCGAGAUGGGUCUGCCAGAGGGUGCUGCUGUCAUCGAGGGCACCCCGCUGCCGCCUGACUUCAUGCAGGACGAUGAAGAGGGGCAAGGCCGACAACAGGACAGGGACAGGCAAGCCUGGCCUGACCAAUCGACGACCCACCCCCUUUCACAUUGCAAAUGAUAUGCAUUUCAGGGUCCAAGACCGAGCUAACGACACCUUGCUGCCGCCCCCGGCAGCAGCAGCAGCAGCAGCCACACGAGCCCCUGCAGAGCCGGAGACCACUCUGCCCCCACCUCCACCCCCCGUCGCUCCCAAGCGGGCGGCAGUGCCAUCCGGUCCGCCCGUGAGGCCUCUCUUGCCAACUGAUGGCCCCACGGCAUUCGAGGCUCACAUUGUGGGGGAAAUGGAGGUGGGUAGACAUCUGGAGAGGCCGGCAUGACAGCCGAAUCACUUGCCUCGUAUGCAUCGUGUGUGUCGUGUGCAGGUGUCGAGGGCGGAUGAGGGCGCUGAUCGUGACAUUUUGCGGAGGGAUGAGCGUCAGUAUGUGGGUGUGAGUGGGGGCGUGGGGCUGGGGAGGAGCCUGACGGCCGAGCCGACCCGGAUGGACCUCUCUGUGGCGCUGAACGAUCUCAAAGAGUGCCGCACAACACAACACAGCGAUGGAUGCAUGGAUGCAUCAAUGCAAUGCUUACGGACACCAUCUUUCUUUCUUUUUGCUGUGUGCGCGUGUGCGUGAAUGUGUGCAGGCGCUUGUGCCGCUUGGAGGAGAAGAGUGACCGCCUCUCAAAGGCGCACGAGAACCUCGCCAUCAAAGUCGACAGGUCUGUAUGUAUCUCCCUGGAUCAUGUCAUGGUGGUAUGUCCCUUCUCUGUUUCUGCCUCAAUAUGAUUGCUUCAGGCAUCUCACGGCGCCCCCUCCGGCUCAGCCAACCUUAUCGCAGACCACUCCAGCAGGUACGCAAGUACAAUGACAAUGACAUUCACGUCGGUGUAAUCUGCGUGUGUGCACUGCAGGUGAUCAAGCUACCCCCGUCACUCUCACCCCACCACAGCCAUACGCGCCGCCCACACCAGCACCAGCACCACCACCAGCAGCGGAGGCGGCCAAACGAGACAUCGAUCAGCAGCCCAGCCUCACCCCCAGCACACAGGCGGGCCUGACGUCACCCCUCAACACAAGGGUGCCCUCAGACGGCGAGCGACACACACCCAUCACCCCAUUCGCGGCAUUGCGGUCGUCGCCAUCCCCCGCAGCCCAGCGCGAAGAAGCGAGCCGGCGGUCGUCUGUCCCCCUGACGCCCCCACACCCGCCCCACCCCUAUCGCAGCUUCCUCUCCUGCAGCCCCUCAGAUCGCAGUCUGCUGCGCGGCCCCCCCGAGGGUCGGUUCGUGUCAUACGAGCCCGUGAGUGUGCGUGGCGGCCCACUGGACAGAGCUGGUGCGGGUGGUGUGGGCCGCAGCCGACCUGCCCCAAGACAGUGGAUAAGGGACGCACCGACCUUGGGUGUGUCGCGGAUGAGGGGGCUGGAUAGAGAAAGGGGCGAGGAUGAACGUGGGGGUGUUGGUGUGGGUGAGGGUGCAAGGCAGAGGAGUGUGUGGGACGCUGUGGUGCAGUACCCCUAGAUAGACAGAUGUGCGACCGACGAUUCAACAGAGACGCAAUAGAAUGCAUUAUUGGGCACACCCAUCACAUCGAUCGCAAUAAAGGAGGUCCGUCGACAAGUAGAAGACACAUUCAUGAAAAAUCGUCCGGAUGGACCAGUAAAUAAAGCUCAGCCCUGCA